GGUUAUUACCAUCUUAGGCCAUUCGCCGACAUCCUGGUUCCCCUUUCCUUCCCGUACUCCGCCUUAUUGGGAACGUCCUGCUGAAAGUUAUCUCUUUUAGAAGCUAAUACUACUCGGGAUCUGCGUCGGAGUUAACGCUUCUGGGAUCUCGCCGCGAGUCAUGGCCAUGGUCAAAUUCAUCGAGUCCGACUCGACAGGUUUACCCCUUAAGAGAAAGCAGGUUGCUCAGGCCUGUGCCAGGUGCCGACGCCGGAAGAAGAGGUGUUUUCAUAAUCAAGGUAACGAAGCCCACAACAAUGGCCCACGCAGUUCAACUUCUGGGGACGGAGAUACUACGGCUUGUAACCCAAUUGGCCACUCUACUCCUUCACGAUGCGAGCCUCUCCCAAGUCGUGAUAAUGCUCAUAGUCCAGAGCGGCGCCCUUCUAGAUUCGUUGGCGACCUGAGCCCCGAGGCAAUCCUCAUGGAGGCUACAAGUCUCUGCUCGACUCGCGAUGUUUCGGUGAGGGGGGGCUUGGGGAUCUGGCAGCCCCAAGCACUCGACUUAGAUAAGGCGGCUAGUCCGCUCUCCUCGACGGCGCCAUCGAGACAAGCCGUUCAGGACAUGCUCAGAGCAUACGUGCGGAAUCACUGCCUUCCCUGUUGCCCUCCACCGUCAGACUACGCAAUCCUCCGUCGCAUCUACUUUGAUAAGCUAGAUCCUAUCUUCCCUAUUCUCGGCAGCCAUUCUACAGUUCGAUCCGAGGACGAGAUAAAGGAGAAGAUAUUCCAGCAAACUGUUAGCCUAGCAGCUGCUUCCGACCCAGAAGCUACUCGCCAUCUUCGUUUAAAUUCCGAGGGGCCAAUUCUCUCUCGGCAUGAAUUCUGCAAUCUACUCUCAGAUUCGAUCCAAACGACUAUUGAUGCCGGCCUCAUCACAGACCGCAUAUUCUUAACUCGCAUACUAGCCGCCUUAUCAUUAUACAUGCAACCUCACAACUCGGACGAAGCUGAUAUCCCAGCGUUGCUCAACAGUCGUGCAGUUCACCAAAUGCAUACUCUAGGACUGCAGAUGGCUUCGGAAGAAAGUCACGCGAAUAGCCAAGCUACGCAAACGCUACUAUGCUGUCUCUGGGCGUUAGACCGCCUCAAUGGUGCAUUUUACGGACGUGCUUGUCUCAUUCACGAACGAGACAUCGGGUGGAACCUAGACGAUUGCAUCGCAACGCAAGCGCCACUCUUUCGGUUGUUCUUGAUGAUUAUUGGCCUUCUCGAUAAGGUUAUCGCUUUAUAUCGCCCUGGAAAUCGGAAAGAAAAGGAAUUCAUCGUUGAGCUACCUAUCUUCGAGCAGAUGAUCGUUGAUGCAGGAGCGGUUCGGGCCCCAAGUUCAUGUCUAGCCUCACUCGAAAUAUUUUAUCAUUCGGUUGCCAUACUUUCAAGCCAGUCGCCGUCCGAAAACCGGUCCACGGCCCUCCCGGCGCCGGCGACGAACAGCCGUCGAUCCUUAGCAGCGGAUCGUAUCACCUCCAUUGUCGGGCGGGAAUUCAUGGGUCAGCUUUCGUACUUGCCUAUAAUUCCGUAUGGCGUGUCUUUGUCGCUCAGUGUAUCUUACCGGAAAAUGCGGCAUAGCAACAUACCGAUGUUUAGAAGCAGAGGCAAACAAUCCUUCGUGGCAAAUACGUCGCUGCUUAAAUCAAUGGACGACACUUUUUGGACUGCUAAGACUACGGUGGCAAUGGCCGAACAAGUUCUCCAAGAGAUGGACAAGGCGGUCGCGUCGUUAACACAGGAGACCGGCUUAAUUGAUACUUCGAAAAAGGGGGAGGCGGCACAGCGAGAUCGAGAACCACCACCUCUAAGCACCGAUGACGCUCUUAAUAAUUACAAUACUAACCAAGGAGCGAUGGACUUAUCAAUCCUUGAGGGAAUUCCGGAUCUUGAUGUUUUCGGCCAUUUCGACCCAACUUUUGACUUAGGCGCCGUUGACGCCGCUCUCGAAGGAAAUCUCGACUUUGGAGCCUCUUCUAACUGGUUUGAUUGGCAACAACUGUGGGGUUAGAUGUUGAGUAGACGCGUAUCGAGUGGUUACAUAGCAUCAGCCAUGGUGUGUUUGGAUUAUCAGAUGUAUAUAAUGCACACCUACCCAGGUAACCUUACACAGACCAAGAUACCUGUAUAUAUCUUCUGUACACAUUUAUAUCAGGUAUGUAAUUACACUACAGGUACCUAAUAAUUUAACUUCUAAUAUGCCGUAAGUACCUAAGAUAGGUAGGUACCUGGUACCCAGUGAUAAUAAAUCCCUGCCAUCCAACAUUUGACACAUGCCGCAUACCUGAGACUAACUCAAGCCUAACAUUUCUUGC